CUCCCUUGAGGAUGCGGGGCCAUGGUAUGACGGAGGCGAAAGAAGAAGAAGAGAGCGAGACAGCUGUACAUUUCCUUCAAUAAUAGCCAUCCAAGCUAUAAUGGAAGGAUUUCCAACACGUGCCGUUUCUCUUUCCGAGGGCUUCCAACCACAUACAGAUGCGUCGCUGGUUCGGCUUACAGAAGCCGAUGCAUGUGCAGCCGAAUGGGACAGCGUCAUGAGUCAGCCAAGCCUGCAUUCUGAUCGUAUCGAGAUGGUGCCUCAGGACAUACUCAACCAGUUAUCACCAAGGCAAGCAGAACAUGAAACCACCGCAACAUACGCGUAUAUGGAGCAGCGAGACCUCACUACACCACAAUUCGUAGCGGCAGAUCAUAGCGCUCCUGUUCACAGCCGUCGAGUUGUCGCGAGUUCGUUCGGUGACCAACAACUGGAGCGUUCUACAUUUCGUAUGGUGGGGACAAUCACCAUGUUGCUUGUGGUCCUCCUUGUGGUCGUCGCCUGCGUUGUCUUCAUUGUGCGACCAUCAGGCGUCAGCGGAAGGAUGGCUGCCGAAAAUGACGAGAGAAGCUUGAAGGAUGGAUUUUUUGAGGACCAAGCCAAACAUUUCAACAGCCCCAUCCAACAUGAAACGGACUGGCGCAUCCCACGAGACAGACCACGUCGACGAACCCGCGCUACCGCGCCGUCCACUGCCCAUCCGACACGGCACGCAGCCACGAAGAGCAAAGAAGCUGUGGUGGCUGCUCGUCCGGAGACAAGAAGGCAGCUAGCCUGCGUCUUCACAUUUGGAGAAGCUACGGUAGAGAACUACCCGGAUGAUGGCGUCUGCGACUAUUCCAUAUACGUUCAGCUGUUCUAUAGAAGGGGUGGAAUCCAACGUAUGCAUGGCCCGCACAAGAAGGCGCUGAAAGACUCCGGACUGCAGACCUUCUUGAAGAAGUCUAAAGAAGCCAAGAAGACAAUCUUCUUAGCGUCUUUUUCUUCGGACAUUUUGAAGCAAGUGUCGGAAGUGAGGUCCCGCGAAUUUGCCGUCCAGAUGUACAGGAUGAGCAAUUCGUCGAAUAUUCGGGGAUUCGGAAUUCUCAACGAGUACCUUUCCGGAGGCUCCUUCUACGACCAUCGUCACGAACUGGCGGACUUCCUUGCCGCUUUGGGAAAUCAUCUGCAGGGCAUCGCGGGCUCCCUAAUCUUCUUCGGCGCGAGGCUUUAUCGGCUGCAUCAGCUGGUGGACAGUUCCCAGUACAUACGUGCUUUAAAAGUCGCAUUGCGCCGAUCUUCUCUAUUCAUUAUGGUCACGCACGUCAGUUCGCACCAUCGACCAAUCCCGGAGCCCACUGCAGCGUGGACAAUAAAUGCAUUCAAUGACAAGGAUACCCCUAGCCUGGAAUUAGCCUUGGCGUUCCUGAAGGUGCUUCAUCCUCCAAGAAAUGUCACCAUUUUUCUAAGCCUAACCUUAGCUGUUGUGCAAUACCACGACGCCGACAAUGAUGAGAAUCCCCCGUCGCUUGGUGGUACUUGCAAGGGAUCGUCACUUGCUGUCUACAGAGAGGACUGCGUCGAACCUGACUACAUUCUCAACGACUACAAUCGAAAUGACAUGGUCGUCUUUGAAGUCAAUACCCAGACGCGAGUGGACCGUUGUUAUGAGACUGCGUACUCUAUUUCUGACAAGAUGGGCCGCGUCCAAUCUGAAGCAGGAUCCCUGAAUAUUGGAUGGGCUUUAUUCAACGCCGAAUUUGAGGACAACUCGGAAAACGGCUGCGCUCGUGACCCCAGUCCAUUCCGUCGUCUCCUCGCUGUACGAAUGCGUCUCGAUUCCAACGUUUCGAAAACGUCAGGAGCGUAGCUUUCCUGCAACGCCGGUUAAUCUGCCAUUAUUUCGCUUCGCUGCUAAUAUUUAACGAUCCGUUUGGUACUGCGCAAACCGCAACAUCUAAAAAUAAAACUAUAUUGCUUCUU